AUGGAGCUGGCUGGGUUAGCAUGCGCGAAGGCUAUUCAUGCUCAGUAUUCCAAAGGGAAGACACUCGUUUUAUGUGGACCUGGUAACAAUGGCGGCGAUGGUUUUGUUUGCGCUCGACAUCUGCAACAGUUCGGUUUUGAUCCAGUUAUUGUCUAUCCUAAGCCGUCAAAAACGGACCUAAUGACAGCCUUGGUAACACAGUGCACUGGAAUGGGUAUACCAGUGCUAUCAUCACUUCCCACACUCAGUGAGUUUUCGCUGGUCGUUGACGCAUUUUUCGGUUUUUCAUUCAAGCCACCUGUACGAGAACCGUUCGCCGAAAUUAUUGAAGCAGUGACGAAGUCUGAAAUAUUCGUCUUCUCGAUCGAUAUUCCCUCAGGUAUUGAUCUUUUCAGAUUGGAAAUAAGCCUCAUAUUUCAAUAUUCGCGUCUUUCUUAA